AUGAGGCUGGUAAAUCUCUACCGUGUCUUGGCCACCGCGUGCGUCCUGGUGGCGGACAGCGGUGUCCAAGGCCAUAAAGACGAUGACGACGACAAGACGGUCACAGUUACGAAGACAACACCACAGACUGUUACUCCCACAGCAGUUCCGAUCCAAGCGACACCAGCUGCGAUUUCAAAUGCCUCGCCGUCUGCGUCGCCUCCACCGACACCAACACCAGCAUCCACGACCCCGAGCCAGCAAAACACACCCGGGUCCAAUGAUGGGAAUUCAACGGCACAGGCGGCUGGUCCGCCCCCAGCGGCGGAGAAUCCAGCAUCUGGGGCAAAGAUGACCCCGGCAAUGAACCAAGGUGUGGCAGCUGCUGAGCCGGGUGAGACUCCGGCCCAGGCCGGCUCAUCAUCCGCAGCCCAGAUGGAAGGGCCCAGUGUCGAUCAAGCCUCGAACGGCGGCCCGGCUGUCGCAGCCAUUCAGGCAGAGGGAAUGGGAAUGGAAAUGAAGAAGGAUCCGGCGACUGGUGACUUGCUCGGUAGCAACCCGCCAAGCAAGAACGUCGACCUGCCAGUUACCAUUGUCUACUUACUCCUCUUCAUCACAGGGGCAUUCACACACAUCUCCAUUUACAGGGCGAAUGCGAAGCGAGGUCACAAGUUCUUGCUUUCUGAUCUCAUGUUCGACUUUUGCAUGAUUCGAACGGUCACAUGCAUAUUUCGAAUUAUAUUUAUUUUCAGUCAACUUCGAGGCAUAAUUCUGGCGGCUCAGAUAUUUUUUAAUGGAGGAGCCUCUGUCAUCUUUGCGGUGAACAUCCUUCUCGCUCAGCGUAUUGUUCGCUCAAUGCACCCCAACUUUGGCUGGUCCGUCCCUUUCGGCCUGGGCACAACGGUCCUCGUAAUUUCCGUGCCACCAAUCAUCAUCCUUCAGAUCACAUCAAUCAGUCUGCUCUUCCUCUCUACGGACAACCAAGAUCGUUCCGACGUUGCCGAAGCCCUAUUGAAGUUCGGCUCAUCAUGGAACCUCUGGCUCGUUGUCUUCCCCUUCGUCGUCAUCUUUCUAUCCUGCUCCAUCCCAGGUCCUAGACCAGAGAAGUUUGGAUCUGGGAGUUUGAGAAUCAAGACAUCGCUGGUCAUGUUUGCUGCCGCGUUGCUAGCCACGGGUGCUACCGUACGAACAUAUAGCGCUUUCAACCCCCGUCCUAAUAACAGCGGCGAUGUGUUGUACGGGAGGCCAGUGUUCUACGUAACACAGUUCACGUUUGAGCUUAUUGUUGUCGCGCUGUAUGCAGCCCUCCGAUUCGACUUGCUCUUCCACAUCCCCAACGGAUCAUCGAAGCCGGGUGACUACUCGAUCAACAAGGCUGGGGACGCGGAGAAGGCCAUGGUGCUAUCCCGUGGGGAAAUCCGGGACAGGUUGGAGCAAAUUGGCAUCCACCACCAGAUCCUUAAGCCUUCGUACACCUCAUCCUUCAUGCAGAAUGGUGCGGAACCAGUCUUUGCCGUGUUUUACCCGUCAGCCCCUGAUGCUGCAUCACUAGUGGGGCUGGCCGAAGACAUGGCGAUGGAGGGGAAGCUUCCCCCGCGGCCAGCGGACAGAGUCAGCCGGCGGCAGUCUCUCAUGGAAGCGUUCAGGUCGACGCCGAGCUAUUGGAAACCACCUCCACCAGCGGGUAGCUUUGGGCUACCGGCUCAGCCUCGACCGCCACGACCGCCCAGGACGACGCAGUCGAUGUAUCGCACCUCAGCUGAGGAUCAGAGCGAUCGUUGA